CGGGUCCAGCAGGGCCGCCCCCUUCACCCGUGGCCCAGCGGUCACGACCCCGCGUCCUCAUCGCGGGCUGGGACCGCCUCUGCGUCUGGCCUGAGCGGGAGUGUGGGAUCCUGGGGAGCCCCGCCUCGGUGCACUGACAAAGCCCAGCUGGGAUGACAGUUACCGCUUCCGGUCAGGACCGGAAGUGCCGGGAACGGCAUUAGCCCUCCGUGCGAGAUGACGCACUUCCUGCCUGAGGCGGCCGCUGUUCUCGCGGCUUCCGGCAGGUGGCGCUGAGACCACGGGAAGCCAGCCUGGCUGUCGGUUAGCCCUCGAGCAUUCUGGGAAUUGCAGGCCUGGCCCCUCCUCUUCCUGUUCUUGGUCAAUUCCGGUCUUGUUUCUCCAACAAAUGCUGCCGUUUCCGGGGCUGCUUCCGAGCCGGACCCAAGGGCCGGGGCGUGGAGGAGUAGAGGGGCGAGCGCAUGCGCACACGACUAUACGUCCCGACAGGCGUCGGGAGCGGCGGCCCAGUGCCUUGUGGGAGCUGUAGUUUUGCAGGCGCGGAAGCCGUGGUGCUCGGCCGGCAGAGCACUCGGUUUCCCAGAGGGCUGAGCGAGCCGCACGGACGUGCGGCGCCGACCAAGAUGGAGACUGCCGAGCAGCCUUGAGCCGGUAGGUUUGUGGUGAGGGAGGACGGGCGGCGCGGGCCGGCCGAGCCUCCGGAAGGUCACCGAGCGCAGCUUUAAUACCUGAGCUCGGAGGCCCCGCUGUGCUCGCCGAUCCCCGUACCUCGCGGCAGGGCCCUUGGGACCCACAGCAUCCUUGUGAGGCCCGGACCCGGGCCUGUCCAGCCCGACUUCGCACCGAGAGCCAACUUGGCACCGAGAGUUCGUUUGUUCUCUGGCGGGGAGGUCUUGCUGGCACAUAUAGUGGAGAAAGGCCGGGCUCUGCGUUCAUGUGGAGAAAGAGACGGCUUCCUUCAGCCUCCGGACAUGAAGGAGUCAACUCUACUUUCCACUCGUUGCCGGGUUUCGCCGAGAACCCCGAGAAACGGACUACCGGAGUCCCUAUCUUGCAGUCCGGUCCCCGCUCCCCCUCGGAGUGCCCCGCUGACCGGGCUGCUAAUGGCCGCGGCGGCGUUCCGCUGCAGAGGACGGGAGUGCGAAUCUGGGAAGCCGGGUUCUGGUUGAACUCCAGCUUCGUCUGCAACAUACUGUGUGACUUGGGCAAAUUAUUUCCCCCGCCCCGUUCCUGCCAGCUUUAAAACGGUCGUCAGUGGGGGGUGCUGGGUAUCCCCUUUCACUGGGGUGGCUUCUUCACUGAGGACAGUCACGCCUCAGAGGAAUUGAGCUCCUGCCUGUGUUUGACCUGGUGGGGAGGGCACUAAGAGCCCCUAAUAGUACCCCGACCCCAUCCUUGUUGGGUGCACAACACACAGGUCACCCUGGGCGGGCAAGGAGUGUUGGUAGCAGGAGAGGAGUCAGUGGAUGGACGGCCGAGGACAGUGCAGAAGGGUGUGGCUGGGCCGUCUUUUUUUGCCUGGAAAUGCAAGCUCUGAGGCACCCAGUCACUCCACCACUAAAUGGGUGCAGAAGGCAGCACUUGUCUGCCCAGCUGGAAAGGCAGGGUAUGUGCCGAGUGUUACAGAAGGAAGGCCACUGGAGGUCGCUUCAGGAGCUGCGGGGAUUUACCUCUGCCUAACAGGGCUGCUGAAGGUGAUGGUCGACACCCCACUUUCCUGAGAGCUUGACCCCCAGAUGCCAGGGCCUUGGCUGCAGAUUCUUUGGGAGCUCCCGGGGAUCUUCCAGCAAAUAGGAGCAAACCUUUUCCCCGUGGAUCAGGAAGGUGCAUGCUCUCUGUGGAAUACCGACUGCUCGCCCCGCACAGCAAGCAGCUUAUAAGUGGCCCUACUGCCUGAUCUCAGCCCUGGGUGGCUGCUUACUAUCAAAAUCGCUUAGUAGCUCCAAGCCUGCCUGCAGAGGGUUGGCACGAUUAAAUGAGUUGAGCAGCGGAACAGAGGCAAUGCAGGGGCACUCUGAGGCCUGAGACGACCACGCCUGUGCCGCUGAGGACCUUCAUCAGGGCUCCGUCCACUUGGCCCAUUUGGCUGUCCAGUCACACUCCAGUGUCAACCACUGGCACCCAGCAGCCAAGAGGUGUGGCGUGGCCCUGGGAACGCAUGGCUGAGGCAGGGACAGGUGAGCCGUCCCCCAGCGUGGAGGGCGAGCACGGGACGGAGUAUGACACGCUGCCUUCCGACACAGUCUCCCUCAGUGACUCGGAUUCUGACCUCAGCUUGCCCGGUGGUGCUGAAGUGGAAGCACUGUCCCCAGUGGGGCUGCCUGGGGAGGAGGAUUCAGGUCCUGAUGAGCCGCCCUCACCCCCGUCAGGCCUCCUCCCAGCCACGGUGCAGCCAUUCCAUCUGAGAGGCAUGAGCUCCACCUUCUCCCAGCGCAGCCGUGACAUCUUUGACUGCCUGGAGGGGGCGGCCAGACGGGCUCCAUUCUCUGUGGCCCACACCAGCAUGAGUGACAAUGGAGGCUUCAAGCGGCCCCUUGCGCCCUCAGGCCGGUCCCCAGUGGAAGGCCUGGGCAGGGCCCAUCAGAGCCCUGCCUCCCCAAGGGUGCCUCCGGUCCCCGACUACGUGGCACACCCCGAGCGCUGGACCAAGUACAGCCUGGAAGAUGUGACCGAGGUCAGCGAGCAGAGCAAUCAGGCCGCCGCCCUGGCCUUCCUGGGCUCCCACAGCCUGGCUGCCCCCACUGACUGCGUGUCCUCCUUCAACCAGGACCCCUCCAGCUGCGGGGAGGGGAGGGUCAUCUUCACCAAACCAGUCCGAGGGGUUGAAGCCAGACAUGAGAGGAAGAGGGUCCUGGGGAAGGUGGGAGAGCCAGGCAGGAGCGGCCUUGGGAAUCCUGCCACAGACAGGGCCGAGGGCCCUGUGGAGCUGGCCCAUCUGGCCGGGCCUGGGAGCCCAGAGGCCGAGGAGUGGGGCAGCCCCCAUGGGGGCCUGCAGGAGGUGGAGGCAUUGUCAGGGCCUGUCCACAGUGGGUCUGUGCCAGGUCUCCCGCCAGUGGAGACUGUUGGCUUCCAUGGCAGCAGGAAGCGGAGUCGAGACCACUUCCGGAACAAGGGCAGCAGCCCCGAGGACCCAGGUGCUGAGGUCUGAGAGGGAGAUGGCCCAGCCUGACCACACUGGCCACUGCCAUCCUGCUGCCUUCCCAGUGGGGCUGGUCAAGGGGCAGCCUGGCCACUGCCUAGCUGGAAUGGGAGGAAGCCUGCAGGCUGCCUGUAGGUGGCACCGGCGGCCCUGGCUGCAGCUCUGGGCGGCGUCCUCCCGAGCAGAGAUCUUGCUGAAGCUCCUGGGGUGUGGGCUGGAAGCACUGGCUCCCUGGUAGGGACAAUAAAGGUUUUGGGUCUUUUUGAGA